UGGCGAGACUGUGGAAAUUCCUGGAAUUAAUUUAUGCAAAGACAACAUUUGUCAGAAUGGAGGAUCUUGCUACAAGAGCGGUAGUAGCGUCUGUUCAUGUAACUGUGCUCCUGGUUACACGGGUCAUCAGUGUGAAACAGAAAUUGAUGAAUGUCAAUCAAACCCAUGCCGCAAUGGAGGCACAUGUAUUGAUGGGCUAACAUCUUUCACCUGUAUCUGUCUGCCAAGCUACUCUGGGCUGUAUUGCGAGGAAGACACUGAAACCUGUGAUUAUGGCUGGCACAAGUUUCAGGGACACUGCUACAAGUACUUCCCACAGAGGAAAACCUGGGACUCUGCAGAGCGGGACUGCCGCGUUCAGGGUGCUCAUCUCAGCAGCGUUCUUUCCCAUGAGGAGCAACAGUUUAUCAACCGUCUGGGACAGGACUACCAGUGGAUUGGCCUAAAUGAUAAGGUGUUUGACAGCGACUUCCGAUGGACUGAUGGCAACCCUGUGCAAUAUGAAAACUGGAGGCCGAACCAGCCGGACAGCUUCUUUACUUCUGGCGAGGACUGCGUGGUGAUGAUAUGGCACGAGGACGGCCAGUGGAACGACGUCCCGUGCAACUAUCAUCUCACUUUUACCUGCAAAAAGGGCACAGUGGCCUGUAGUCAACCUCCACUGGUAGAGAAUGCACAUACCUUUGGUAAGAUGCGUGAGAGGUAUGAAAUCAACUCCCUGGUGAGGUACCAUUGCCGAUCAGGCUUUAUUCAGCGGCAUGUUCCAAUCAUCCGCUGCCGUGGAGAUGGACGAUGGGAUAUACCUAAAAUCACCUGCGUAAACCCAUCAACCUAUCAGAGGACCUAUUUAAGAAGACAUCAUCACAGUAGUCUCUACAGCAUCAACAACUUCCACCCUCCGCGAUUCAGAGGGAGAAGAAACAUAACCGAACAGAAGAAGAAGAAGCCAUGAUUUAAAAAAAAAUAAAAAGAACUGGCAUGGCUUCUUUAAGGACACUCGCACGAAAGCUUGUGUGAAAAGAGAAAAAGAAGAAAGAAAGGAGAGAGAAAAAAAAGCACAAAGAAGAGCUCCCCAAAGAAAUCGACCAAACUGCAGUUUUCUUGCAUUUUGGAUGAAUAUGCAACUACAUGAAGUGCCUUCGAAAUGUUGAUAAAUGACUGUUUAAUAUCAAGGAGACUGUUGUGGAGCAGCUCCAAUGUGGACAAAAACCUUUCAGCUGGCUACUGGAAAAGCAAAAGAAAAAAAAGUACUCCUACCCUGUGUUCUGCUUAGCAGCAGAUGUUUUCUUUUUUUUUUUAAUUCUCAACUGACUGUAAAAGAUUAUCAAUGUUGUUUAACACAUUUCUACACAAACCCUGCUAUUAAAAAAGUACCUUAUUCACAGAAAGAAAGUUGUAAAAAAUAGCGCUUAUAAUGUUUGUGUGGUUUCAGACUGAACCAUGUAAAGUCUUGCAUCAAAAAGAAAAAUGACAUCCUCUGCAUUUUCUACCAAUGUUGCUACAUUUCAUGAGUUUAAACUCAAACAGGAAUGAAUUGUGCAACAAACUAAUCUUGCAGUUUAAAUCUGUUUUACAUGAGUUGAUUUAUUAUGAGAUUCCUCUUUAAGAGUACCUGUUGUCAAAGCUUUUAUAUACAGAUAAAAGCUGAUUUAUUUUGAUUUUAAAGUGAAAGUAAGGACGUGUGGCUUACGUAGUCUGUAUUUUCUGAUCAGUGCAAAGCUCACAUAUCGUUGAUGCAGCAUGUUUACAUCACCUGUAAUGCUGUUCGUAAGACCAAGCCAAAGAGUUGUUGUUGUUGUUUUGUUUGUUUUUUUCAUAAUUUCCCUAUUCUGUUGUAGCCUUCUUAGUCAUUUGUUUUGAUGUUUUGGACUUUUCUUCACUGAACUUAAUUUUGUUUAUGAUUGUGAACCAUUGAGAGAAUGUAUUUUGUGAAACACUCAAAGGCUUGAACGUAACAGCUAUUUACACAGAAAUACUUCUAAUUUAUUUUCAAGCUGCUUUUGAUUUCUUCAUGUGUUUUAUGCUGCCAGGUUAAGGAAGGAAAAAAAAACAACGUUGCUGUUACUUGGCCCAGCAGCACUUUUUAUACACACGCAUAUAUCUAUUUUAUAUGUUCAACAGAAGACAGGACACAUUCCCAGAUUGUCUUAGCAUUUUUCAGCAAAAGAAAUAUUUCACAUAUCAUUUUUUUUACAUUGUUACCACCAAGAACUACAUUGGGCUACAAAAAUAAUAAUUGUGUUCCGUUACACUGACAAAAUGCGUGUACAUGUGGAUGGAAAUGCAUUUUCUUGGAGAAAUAUUUUAUUACCUGUGAAUGUCUCUGCGUUUUACCCUUAUUGUGCACAUAAUACUAUUUUAUAUUUAUAUAACAACUUUUUUUAACUUUACAAUGUGAAUGUUGGAGCUAUAUUGUGAUUAUUUUUAAAUGACUUUUUUUCUUGCUUUGUGUCACCAAAGAAAUAAAAUAAAUAUGUUUUAAA